AUGGUCAGCAUCACACAGAAGAAGACAGACCUGGUCCUCGAGGACAUCGAACAGGACGGGGACAAGGACGCAGAGCAGCACAAGAAGGAGUCUAAUUUCGCCGAAUGUCUGAGCUCCUCCUUAUCGUACAGACUGCAGCAGGACCGUCUGGAGGCGGCCCGUGUCGCAGAGGAGAUGGCUAUGAAGGCAGCGGAGGAGGCAGUCCGCCAGCUGGAGGUCGAGCAUUCAGCAAAGAUCGUCAUAGAAACGCUGCCAGAGUCCAAUGAGCAACUGCCCAACAUCCUGGAGGAGGAGAACGAGGACGACCCAGAGUUGCAGAACCUGCAGGAGGACAGUGAUGACAGCACAGACAAUACAAGUCCUGUGGGAAAUAAAGUAACGGUGGAAAAUAUUGAGGAAGACAAAAAACCUGACGAGGCCGACUUCAAAAGGUCCCUACUGGAUGUCUGUCCAGCUGCAGAUGAUGCUGAGGCCAAGACUCAACCCACUGAAUCUGAACCAGCAGAGGAAGUCACUCCAUCAUCAACAGAUGUGGAGCCAGCAUCGGAGAGGAGAGACCUGGAGAGUCCGGUCACCCAACAACCAGAAGCUCCAGGGGCCCCAACCAUCACCACAGACCAGGAUGACGAAGCAGCAGAGGACGAUGGAUGUGGAGUUCCUGACAUUUGCUCUCCGAUAAAGAACUUCCUGCUUCAAUUGCCUCACGCUGCUGAGUGUCUGGAGAGCUGCAGGAAGCUGAUGCAUGACCAUAACCUCAACCCCCCCAAGCUAUCCAUGCCGACCCUGCCGCCGGAGCUCGCCCUGCUGACCCAGGAGCUGUCGCAGCUCACCGAACAGUGCUGCAUGAGCAUCGUCAGCCACCUCAGACGGAGCUGUGGGCGGAGUCUGGGUGAAGCUCCGCUGCUGAAGGUGCAGGACGUGGAUCCGGGAAGAGGCCGGAACAUCCCCCAAAUUAUCACAACCCCAGAACUGGAGUCCAUGACUCUCACUGUCCCUGACAUGGAGCUGUCGAAACUCAGUCAAGCGGCUGAGGAUCUGAAGGCCUGGUCCAGUCAGGGAGACCUGCUGACUGCAGAUGAAGAGACACGUCCUCUGUCAGCCGCCAGUGUUGGUAGCGUCGUGAUCCAGGACCGUCUGAUUGAGCUCGUCAGGCUGUUUAAAGGUCGAACAGAGUGGCAGAGAGACCGGCUGGUGGACCCGGAUGAGUCUGAGGGGGAGAGUCCCUCAGCCUCUCCAACCAAAGCUCCACCUCCCCCUCCUCCCCCACCUCCACCAGGGGAGGAGAAGAAGGAAGAGGCUCCUGCUGCAGCAGAAGAAGAAGAAGAAGAAGAAGAGUUGGGGUUCAGUUUUGAACUUUUAGGACACCCUGUGAAACUUCCCAAACUGCCCAAACUUCCCCUGAUGCCCGACUGGCUCCGAGCCAUCGUGGAGUAUCGCUUCCCCUCCAGCAUCGACCCCUUCACUGACCUGAUCUACGUGAUCUGGCUGUUCUUCGUGGUGGCGGCCUGGAACUGGAACGUGUGGCUGAUCCCAGUCCGCUGGGCGUUCCCCUACCAGACGCCCGAGAACAUCCACCUGUGGCUGCUGGCCGACUACACCUGCGACUUCAUCUACAUCGCAGACAUCCUGAUCUUCCAGCCCAGACUGCAGUUCGUCCGCGGAGGAGACAUCGUGUGUGAUAAGAAGGAUAUGAGAGAGAACUACAUGACCACAGAGAGGUUUAAGAUGGACAUCAUCAGUCUGUUUCCCAUGGAGAUAUUUUACUUCUUCACCGGAGUGAACUCUCUGCUGAGGUUCCCUCGGCUGCUGAAGUACAUGGUUUUCUUUGAGUUCAACGACAGGAUGGAGGCUGUGAUGAAGAAAGCCUACAUCUACAGGGUGAUCCGGACCUCCACCUACCUGCUGUACUCUCUGCACAUCAAUGCCUGUCUCUUCUACUGGGGCUCAGACUACGAAGGACUGGGAUCCACCAAGUGGGUCUACAACGGGAAAGGCAACGCUUACAUUCGUUGUUAUUACUUUGCCGUGAAGACGCUGAUCACCAUCGGAGGUCUGCCGGACCCCACCACCGUCUUUGAGAUCUGCUUCCAGCUCAUCAACUAUUUCGUUGGCGUCUUUGCGUUUUCCAUCAUGAUUGGUCAGAUGAGAGACGUGGUCGGCGCAGCGACAGCCGGAGAGAACUACUACCGCGCCUGCAUGGACAGCACCGCCAAGUACAUGAACUCCUAUAACAUCCCCCAAGAAGUCCAGAACCGCAUCAAGACCUGGUACGACUACACCUGGAAGAGCCAGGGCAUGCUGGAUGAACAGGAGCUGCUGGUGCAACUUCCUGCCAAGAUGAGACUGGACAUCGCUGUGGACGUCAACUACGCCAUCGUCAGUAAAGUCGCCCUGUUCCAGGGCUGUGACAGACAGAUGGUGUUCGACAUGCUGACGAGGCUCAAGUCCGUCGUCUACCUGCCCGGAGACUUCGUCUGUAAGAAGGGGGAGAUCGGCAGGGAGAUGUACAUCAUCAAACAGGGGGAGGUGCAGGUGGUGGGCGGUCCUGACCUGCAGAUGGUGUUUGUCACCAUCAGAGCCGGCUCGGUGUUUGGAGAGAUCAGCUUGUUGGCAGGAGGUGGAGGCAACCGACGUACUGCCAACGUGAAGGCGCACGGAUUCGCCAACCUCUUCAUCCUGGACAAGAAGGACCUGGCAGAGAUCCUGGUCCACUACCCAGAGUCCCAGAAACUGCUCCGUAAGAAGGCGAAGAAGAUGCUGACGAAGGACAAGAAGCCGGAUGAGAAGGAAGAAGGUAAAGAGGUGGAGGUCAUCCCCCCCAGACCGGACACCCCCGAGAUGUUCAAGGCAGCGCUGAAGGUGACGGAGCAGGCGGGACUGGAGGGAACCUUUGCCAAACUGAAGAAGACCUACAAACCGUCUGAGAGCACAGGAGAGGCUCCAUCCUCCAUCUCUCCGCUCCCCCCUCCCUCGCCGAUGCACCGCCGCUCUCCGAUUCCUCGCGCUCCGGUUCAGGACGACGACGACACGGUGGCGGAGACGGCCGACAGCUCCGUCCUCAUCAGGAUGACGCCGCGACAUCAAGGGGAGGAGGUGCUUAGUGUGGAGGUGGUCCCGGGGGAGGGAGGGGAGGAGCAAUGUGUCCAGAUGUUUUACAGCUUCCUGCUUCGACACAUCUGUCUGCAGCUGGAGCUCAUCAGUCUGUACAGGACAGUAACUUCACUCAGCUUCGUCUGA